GUGACUAGUUCAGUGAUGAAGCCAAAGAUAAAAGAUGAAGAGUGAGUACCGACGUUUUUUUGGUUUUCACUCUUUACUUUUCAGUAUAAAAAGUCCACUAAUUGUCCAGUCCCUAGAGGAACUGGCUUUCUCAGAACUGAAAACGAAUGGUGAACGACUACGUUUCUUCUGUUCUGUAAUCGCUGCUUUCUGCUUCUUCAUCUUGUCUUCUUGAGCCAGCAUCAUGCUGGUUCUGCCUCUAAUCUAUCAUCAAGUUUCUUCCUGGUUUUGACGGCCCUCUUCCUUUGGAGCUUGAAACCGGGUUUGUUUUUUCUCUUCUUGUUGUGUGAUUAGUUCCUGAGUUCUGGAGAUUAUCUAAGUACAAUUACUGUUUCUUGUGAAUGAAGUUACGUUGGUGUUGGUGAGGAGGAAGAAGUGCAAUUGUUCUACUACUUUAUCAAGUCUGAGAGGAAUCCAGAAGAAGACGCUCUUCUUCUCUGGCUAAGUGGAGGACCUGGCUACUCUUCCAUCUCUGGGCCUUCUUUUUGAGAAUGGGCCUCUGGCUAUGAAGCUUGAUGUUUACAAUGGAACUCUCCCUUCUUUGGUCUCUACUACAUACUCAUGGACGAAGUGGUGAUCACGAUAUGACAGUGCCUUACCUUGGAACUCAAGCUUGGAUCAGAUCUCUCAGCUACUCAGUCGUUGAUGAUUGGAAGCCAUGGAUGAUCAACGAUGAAAUAGCUGGAUACACAAGGACUUAUGCAAAUAAUAUGACAUUUGCUACUAUCAAAGGAGGUGGACACACAGCAGAGUUUAAACCAGAGGAAAGCUCCGUCAUGUUUCAAAGGUGGAUCAAUCGCCAACCUCUGUAAAAUAGGAGAGUGGCCUUUACCUAUAAAAGAGAAGAGAUUGUGAAUUUGUGAUUCUCUAAUGUUCAAUCAAAGUGUGUGUGUACAUAUUCUAGUACACACCUUCUCCAUAUAUAAAGAGGCUUGGCCUUUAUGUCACUUUGAACUAAACUGAGGAAGCUUCUCUGAGACAUUAAAUCUUGAAACUGAGAAUAUUAUAGUAAACAAUUUCCCCUUAUUUAAAAUCACACAGUAAGAAUAUAUCAAAUCAUAUG